UUCUGAUGGCAGCAGAUUGUCCAUUCCGCGAGGAGGAUCUAACAUGUCCUUUGUGCCAUGAGGUCUUCAAGGAUCCUGUCACCCUAAACUGCAACCACAGUUUUUGUAAAAGGUGCAUUCACACACGAUGGGAAUGUAGAGGAUUACAGCAAUGUCCCGUGUGUUACCGUACAGCGAGCUCAUCCAGACCUUCGAUCAAUCAGGCUCUAAGGAAAGUUUCAGAUGUCUUCAAACUGAAGCCAAAGCACUUAACGGUAGGAUCAGUGGAACGUUGCUUAAUUCACAACGAAGAGUUAAAGUUCUUUUGUAGGAAAGAUACAGAGCUUAUAUGUACAGUUUGCACAUCAACGAGGAGCCAUGCAAAUCACAAGUACUGCUCGAUAUCCGAGGCCACAUUGGAAAUACAGAGAGAGCUCACAGCCAUGUAUAAUCCCUUGAAACAGCAUCUGAACAGAUCUGAAAAAUUAAAGGAGAGCUUGGAUGAAUUGAAAGCGUAUAUACAGACACAAGCAGCUGAAACUGCAGAGGAAAUAAAGAAAGAGUACGAAAAGUUACAUGAAUUCUUGAGGGAGGAUGAAAGAGCUCGGCUUAUAGUGCUGAAAGAUCAAACAAAAACCAAGAUUGGGAUGGUGAGCGAACGAUUGGAACAAGUCAACAAGAUCAUUGAAGAGCUCAAUGACAUCAAAAACUACGUAGAGCCCAUCACAAUAGCAGACGAUCUAUCAUUUUUAAAGGAAUGUAAGGAGGCAAUAAAAAGGACUACUUACAUUGUGCGUGAAGCCGAAUAUCCGGCAGGGGCUAAUAUAGACGUGUCUCAGUACCUGGGGUCAUUAAAGCAUGGGGUCUGGAAAAGAAUGGAAAAAGUUGUCAAUCGCUGCCAUGUCAAUUUCGAUCCAAACACAGCCCAUCCUAACUUGAUCAUCAGUGAUGAACUGACCACCGUCAAGUAUGGAAAACAACAGCAGGUUCCAGAUAACCCCAAGCGCUGCACGAGUCGCAUGGCAGUACUCGCUGCUUGUGGAUUCAGUUCAGGAAAGCACUGCUGGCACGUGGAAGUGUUAGAUAACUGCGAGUGGUAUAUUGGAGUGGCACGGGAGUCCAUCAGAAGGAAGAGUUCAGAGUUCCUCAGCCCAACAAAUGGUUUCUGGGUAAUUGGUCUCAGUAAUGAGGAGUAUAGGGCUCAGACGUCUCCACACACACCCCUCAGUUUAAAAAGGAAACUGCAGAUAGUUACAGUUGAAUUGGACUAUGAGAAAGGAAAGGUGUCCUUUACCAAUACAAAAAAUGGUACAAGCAUUUACACAUUUAAAGAUGUGAGGUUUAAAGAGACCAUCUUUCCUUAUUUCUCCAUUGGGGUAAAUCAGGGAAGCACACUCAGAAUCUGUUCAUUUUAAAGUGUCAAUAAGGGGCACACCAGACACUUGAUGUGAACACUGGCACAAAAGCACUUCUGGUUUCAUCCAUUACAUAUAUAAUUAAAUCAUAAAUCAAUUUGUUUAAUACAUUGAUAUGUUUAUAUUGUUUAAACAUUUGUGUAGUGUUAAACUAAAACAGGAAGUUUUUCUUGACCAGCGUUGUUUACAUCUUUCGAAUUGGUCCAUACCUACAAUACAAAAAUAUUAUCUUUUUAAUUUGUUUUUUAUGUGUCCAGGCAUUUACUUAAUAUAUCUCAAGAGUAAUUUAUUUUUCUGCAAUUUCCUCAGAAGUGUUCCUUUAAAAUAUUUGUGUGUUAAUUCUUUCUAUUUUCUUUUAUGAGAGUGCAUUUACAUGAGAUUAUUUCAUUACAGAAUUAAAAAUGGGUGCCAGUAUUUGUCAUGAAUAUACAUAGAAUAUGAAAUUCAUUGGUUCAGUUAUAUUGUUCUGAAAAAAAAAUGACAGUUUUGAUGCUGUUUAUGCAGAUUUGCACAAUAAACGGAAAAGCAUUUAACAGAAACUUAUCUCAAUGUUUACUUAAAACAUUUUGAUGUAAAAAUUCCUUUAGGUUUUUUUAUUUUGGAACUAUUAAUUGGACGUAACUGGUUAUACCUGAUUCG